UGAAUGAUAGUUGUUUUUAUCUCAAGAAAUCGAUAAAAAAGAAAGUUCCUGCGCUUGGAAACUUAGCUGACAGGAAGAGGGGUGCGCAGCUUGGAGUCUAAGAACUACACCGCAGCAACCCGAAAGCUCCGAUCCUUCCGCGGUACGUAACGCGGAAGAGCUAGGGAAAGAAUUGGUGGCCUUCGGUAGUGAGGAACCGGAAAGGAGUGAUAGUAGGAGAGGAAGGCUGAAUACUCUGGGGAGAAUGGGACAGAGAAGGACCUCAAUGGCUGACGUUGAAAAUCUGCUAUGGAAAAAUUAGAAAAAGCAGCGAGGGAAGAGGAGAGAAGGCAUCUACACUGGGGGGACAUAGGGGAGAAAAGGGUGGAUUCUGCAAAUAGAAGAGAGUCCACUUUAGAAAUUGGUUGGUGAGCCCUGAAGGAUAGAGGCAGAUUGGGGGAAUUGGAUGGAGCCUCUGCGCUGGAAAUGGAGAGGGGUAUUUUCUGUGGGGUAAUUGAGGAAGGGGGUCUAGACUGGAGUCAAUGCAGAAGUAACAUCUGUACUGAAAUAACUAGCGAAGGAGAGCUGCACCCUAAAAGUUGGGGAACCUGCUUUGGAUGAUAUUGGUGAGGAAGGGGUUUACAAUAGAAAAGAGAAGGGUCGUCGCUGGCCGAAUUGGGUCAGAGCGGCUGCACGCUUGGGAAGGAAAAUAGGUCUACACUGAUAAUGGGAGCGAGUCCUUGGUGAAAAAGGGAGCCUUCUGGAGGAUGGAAGGAUAGGAAGCGAUCUCCUCUUUGUACUCCAAGAAGACAGGUAAAGGGCCUGCACCGUGGCCCGUGAGAGGGAGGUGGGUCCGGGAGGCUGCCCGCGCCCAGGAGCUGCCUUGUGCGCGCAGGCCUGACCAUGGGAACCCAAAAGCCGCGAAUCUUGCCCUGGCUGGUGUCGCAGCUGGACCUGGGGCAACUGGAGGGUGUGGCCUGGCUGGACGAGAGCCGCAAGCGCUUCCGCAUACCCUGGAAGCACGGCCUGCGACAGGACGCGCAGCAGGAAGACUUCGGCAUCUUUCAGGCCUGGGCGGAGGCCAGUGGUGCCUACACUCCUGGGAAGGAUAAACCUGACCUGCCGACCUGGAAGAGGAAUUUUCGGUCUGCCCUGAAUCGGAAGGAAGUGUUGCGUUUAGCUGAGGAUCGGAGCAAGGACCCCCAUGACCCUCAUAAGAUCUAUGAGUUUGUGAGCACAGGAGCUGGGGACUUUUCCCAGGUUGAUACCUCUCCAGACACCAGUGGUGGAGGCAGUACCUCAGACACCCAGGAAGACAUCUUGGAGUUACUCAAUGACAUGAUCUUGGCCCCAGUCCCAGAUACGGGCCCCCCAGGUUUGGGUGUGGUCCCUGAGCACUGCUCUCAGCUCUUGUUGAGCCCCAACUUGGAAAACCCCAUGCCCUGUCCAAACCUGGCACCUCCUGAAAACCCACUAAAGCGACUGUUGGUACCUGAAGAACAGUGGGAGUAUGAAGUAACUGCCUUCUACCGGGGCCGCCAAGUCUUCCAGAAGACCAUCUUCUGCCCAGGGGGCCUACGGCUAGUGGGCUCAGAAGCUGGGGACAGGACACUAUCUGGACAGCCAAUAACAUUGCCAGACCCUGGGGUUUCCCUGACAGACAGAGGAGUGAUGGGCUAUGUGAAACGUGUACUAAGCUGCCUAGGAGGGGGACUGGCACUCUGGCGGUCAGGGCAGAGACUCUGGGCCCGGCGGCUGGGGCACUGCCAUGCAUACUGGGCUGUGGGCGAGGAGCUAUUCCCUGACAAUGGGCAUGGGCAUGAUGGUGAAGUCCCCAAGGACAACGAUGGAGUUGUGUUCGACUUGGGGCCCUUUGUGGCAGAUCUGAUUUCCUUCAUGGAAGGAAGCAGACGGUCACCACGAUACACUCUGUGGUUCUGCAUAGGGGAGUCAUGGCCGCAGGACAAGCCAUGGGUGAAGAGGCUUGUGAUGGUCAAGGUGGUACCCACAUGCCUCAGGGCCCUGUUGGACAUGGCCCGAUCAGGGGGCGCCUCCUCACUGGAGAAUACCGUAGACCUACACAUUUCCAACAGCCACCCCCUCUCCCUCACCUCCGACCAGUACAAGGCCUACCUACAAGACCUGGUUGAGGACAUGGAUUUCUAGGUCACUGGGGAGGCCUGAACCCUGACUCUUCACUUUGACCAAUAAACCAUUUUCCUGCUACAGCCA